AUGAAGGCUGAAAAUGAAAUAAUGUGUGAAUUCCAAAGGAAAAGAUUAAAGAAGCAUUUUAAUGAAAUCAUAGCCAAGCUUACAGAUAUAAGGGACCGAAAGGAUGAAGCAUUGAAAAGCAAUCUGCAUAGGAAAAACGAACAGAUAACUAUUUGGAAAUCUCGAAUAGACAAGAAAGGGAAACAAAUAAUUGAAAUAAUGAAAUACAUGGAGGAGAACAACCGGAAUAUGUCUGAUAAGAAUUUAAUAGAGAACCAAAGAGACCUGAAACACCUGUUAGCUUUAGACAUAGAUAUGGGGAACUGUGACUAUUCAGUCAGAUAUAAAGAAAAAGUCAUUGAUGAUGAUAUCCUGGAAUCACUGUUUGGUGAUUGUUUUGAUUUAGAUAAUAUUGGUGCCACUGAAACAAAUUCAUUUCAAUAUGUAACAUGUAGUGAAGAUGUACUUUUGUAUUUGGAGACAUUAAAUGAAAACGAAUGUUACGUGUGCGAUAUGGAAUCUGAUGACGUUGAUUUGGUAAAUAUACAAAGCAAAAAGAAACAAACACUCGAUAUUGGGUUAAAUGUGAAAGAUAUGUGUGUAAUUAAUAAUGGUAUUUGUUUCACAACUAAGGGGGGCAGUUCCAUUCGUUGCCUUUCGCCAUCAGGAUCCAUAUCGACAAUAAGUAUUUUAAGUACAGAUGCAUUAGAUGUAAAACCUGUAGGUAUUUCUAAUUCAGUGGACGGUGGGCUUCUUGUUUCUUUUACAGAUUCUAGAAGGGAUGUUGAUGCAUCAGAAUCAGACCUCUUUCGACGUUUGGUGAAACACAUGACAUUGACCGGUGAUAUCAUUCACGAGUAUGAGUACCAGGAGGAUGGUCAAACCAAACUGUUUACAGGUCCAUUCAGACUUUGUCAGAACAAUAACACUGAUAUUUGUGUUUUAAACAUGACAAGCGACGAUACAGGUGAGCUUGUGAUAGUAUCUUUCUCUGGUCACCUGAGAUAUGUCUAUCGUGGACAGAACCUGAAGGAGAACUUCUUUCCACUAGACUUGGCAUGUGACUCCACAUGUAACAUUCUUAUUACUGAUCCAGCCAAUAGUCUUGUCCAUCUCUUGAGUCCGGAAGGAGAGUUUUUGAAAUUCUUGUUGAAAGAAAAAGAAAUAGCAGGACCAGUGGCAUUAUCUCUCUACAAGUCUGCAUUGUGGGUGGGAACUGAUGAAGAGAUUGUGAAAGUGUUUGAUUAUAAAAGUUUGCCGUGA